AAUUUUGAAAGAGAAGGUGGACUUUUUAUUACUCCUCUUCUCCAACCUAAAGUUAAACCUAGAAAGGAUGUUCUGGACACGGGUUUUCUGCUCUUGGUUCAGCAGAAAGGUCUUCCUAGAAGUGAAAGCCUUCUGAGAAAGCAUUCUGAAAAAAACUAUUCAAGACAUAUUUACCUCCCUGCCUUGUCUCUUUUUCCCCAGGGAUUUUUCGUUGCCAUAAUAUACUGUUUCUGCAAUGGAGAGGUACAAGCAGAGAUCAAGAAGUCAUGGAGCCGAUGGACCCUGGCCUUGGACUUCAAGCGGAAGGCCCGGAGUGGCAGCAGCACCUACAGCUAUGGCCCCAUGGUGUCACAUACAAGUGUUACCAAUGUGGGACCUCGAGGGGGGCUAGCCUUGUCCCUCAGCCCUCGACUAGCUCCUGGGGCUGGAGCCAGUGCCAACGGCCACCACCAGUUGCCUGGCUAUGUGAAGCAUGGCUCCAUUUCUGAGAACUCAUUGCCUUCAUCUGGCCCAGAGCCUGGCACCAAAGAUGACGGGUAUCUCAAUGGCUCCGGACUUUAUGAGCCAAUGGUUGGGGAACAGCCCCCUCCACUCCUGGAGGAGGAGAGGGAGACAGUCAUGUGACCCACACCCCCAACCUAUCAAGGGGGCAGAGACCCUGGGCUUGAGCCUGAACUCUGAGGCCUGCCUCCGCCCUUGUACUCAGGCCAGGCCCCACCCACCCAGGGGCCCUGAGGACCCCACAUUUCCAAGUGCAAACCAGACCAGCAGCCUCUCUGACUGAGCCCAGUCAGAGUCAGUUGGAGAUGCUCCCAAGCCUGGUCAGUACGCAGGCUCAAGGGGCCAGGGCUGCCUUCUCAGGACCAGGGCCAGAGCCGGGGCCACUCGGGGAUGAACAGACACUCCACUGAGGGGCGGAGAAGCUGUGGAGGUCAGGGAGAAAAAAUACCAAGAAGAAAAAAAAGGAAAAAAAAGGAAAGAAAGAAAAAGAAAAAGAUUGGAGUGGCUGUGUUUGUUUUGAGCUAAAUGAUGGGGGGAAAGGGGAUUGUGUGGAUGGAUCCACAUGCCAUCCAAGCCAGGACACACUAGGAGAAGAAAGCUAUUCUGAGGGCUGGAAGAAAUCCCCAAGGGUAGUUCCUUGAUCACUGAGAUCAGAAGUUGAAGAAAGAGGUCUGAUCUCCAAAAAUAUCAUCUGUCAGGUCUCUCAGCAGAUCUGGGAGACUUGGGGAGAAGACCUGAGUUUGUUCCAAAGGGAGGUUCACAAUGAUUGCCAAUCCACAAGAAACAUUGAUUUCCCCAGACAGUAUCCAACAUGUCCUCACUUUUGCAUCUUUCAUGAGCUCAGGGAUGGCAGAACCCAUUUUAUGUUGAUUUAAUUCAAUUUGACAAAAGUAUAUUAAAUGCCUACCAUGGACAAGGC